GGAAGAUGGCGGCCGAGCCCCGCAGCCGGGGCCCGGUGCCGUACACUCGGCCGCCGCUCUCCGCCCUCGCCGCUGCGCUGCUUCUGUUGGGUUGUAGCCCGGCCCCCGCCACCGCCUCCUCCAGUUGUCACCACCGCGUUCCCGGCGGCGGAGAGGUUGUCUACAAAGUUUAUCUUAAGGAAAAUCAUGUUAUCAAGAGAAAUGUUGAUCAAAACCUGAGAAUUAAGACUAUAUAUGACAGAAGUGUUGAAGAUUUGCUCCCUGAGAAACGACACCUUAUAAAGAACAAACUUUUCCCACAAGCUAUUUCUUAUUUGGAAAAGACUUUUCAAGUUCGCAAACCAACCGGUACUAUUUCACUAAGCAGGCAAUGCGCAACAAACCAGUAUUUAAGGAAGAAAGGUGACCCUCAUAGAUACUGCCAAGGAGCCUGUGCAGAACACACAAGAUGUGGCCCAGUUAUAGUUCCUGAGGAACACUUACAGCAAUGUAGGGUAUGUAGUGAAGACGAAUGGUAUUGUGGACCUGCUGGCUUACCAGACCAAGAAGGAGUUCGAGAUGCCGAUUUUGUACUUUAUGUCAGUGCUCUUACUACUGAAAGAUGUGGUCAGGAAAAUAUUAUUGCGUAUGCAGCCUACUGCCAACUGGAAGCAGAAAUGGACAGGCCAGUAGCAGGAUAUGCUAAUUUGUGUCCAAAUAUGAUUUCUACUCAAGCUCAGGAAUUUAUUGGCAUGCUGUCUACAGUGAAACAUGAAAUUAUUCAUGCACUGGGUUUCUCUGCUGGGCUGUUUGCAUUUUAUCACGAUGAUGAUGGAAAUCCCUUGACAGCAAGAUAUGCAGAUGGGCUCCCACCUUUUAAUGACAGUCUAGGUUUGUAUCAGUGGAGCAAUAAGGUUGUUGAUAAAGCAGUGAGGUUAUGGGAUAUACGAGGUAAUAAGAUGCUGCGCCAUGAUGUAUUUCUUCUUCUAACACCUCGAGUAGUUGAAGAAGCUCGGAAACAUUUUGACUGUCCAAUUCUAGAGGGAAUGGAGCUUGAAAACCAAGGUGGCAUGGGUACUGAGCUCAAUCACUGGGAAAAGCGAUUGUUGGAGAAUGAGGCAAUGACUGGAUCCCACACACAGAACAGGGUCUUCUCCCGGAUUACCUUAGCGUUAAUGGAGGAUACAGGCUGGUAUAAAGCCAAUUACAGCAUGGCAGAGAAAUUAGACUGGGGACGUGAUAAAGGCUGUGACUUUGUGAUGAAAAGCUGUAAAUUUUGGAUUGACCAAAAGAAAGAGAAGAGGCAAUUGGUGAGUCCAUACUGUGACACUCUGAGGAGUAAUCCACUGCAGUUAACUUGUAGACAGGACCAAAAGGCAGUAGCAGUGUGCAAUUUACAGAAAUUCCCAAAGCAGUUACCUCAGGAGUAUCAGUACUUUGACAGUCUUAAUGGAGUACCAUCAGAAGAUUUGCCUUAUUAUGGUGGCUCAGUAGAAAUUGCUGACUAUUGCCCCUUUAGUCAAGAAUUUAGUUGGCAUUUAAGUGGUGAAUUUCAACGCAGCUCAGAUUGUAGAAUAAUGGAAAAUCAGCCAGAUCCUUUCAAAAACUAUGGUGCAGAGAAAUAUGGACCAAACUCAGUGUGUCUCAUUCAGAAAUCAGCAUUUGUCAUGGCACAGUGCAGAAAAAAGCUCAGUUACCCUGACUGGGGCAGUGGAUGUUAUCAGGUUUCUUGUUCUCCCAAAGGGCUGAACGUUUGGGUCAAGGACACAGCAUACUUGUGCAGCCGCUCGGGUCAAGUGUUAACUGUUAGCAUUCAGAUGAAUGGAUGGGUACAUGCUGGAAAUCUAAUUUGUCCAGCUUGUUGGGACUUUUGUGAUUCCUGUCCCCCUGAACAGGAUCCGCCAGCUUCUAACAUAACAAGGGCACUAUCAAUUGAUUUGUGCUCCUGUUCCUCCAGCCUGGUUGUAACUCUCUGGCUGUUGAUGGCUAACUUGAUCCCCUUGCUGACAGGAUUUCUUCUAUGUGUAUGGAGUUAAGUUUGGGUAAAAAAUCUACUUACUCCAAGACUUCACCACCCUGCUGCAUUCCUCGAGUCAAGAGCACUACCAUAGUGCAAUACCGCUGCAGGCAGGACGAUUGCCUUUUGGUCUAUCUCACUACUGCUUGUAGCCAAGAAGGUGCUCACAACAGCAGCUAGCUUUUAAGAGGAGGCAAAGUUUACUAUGUUUUCUCAAUAAGUGCCAGUAUUUUCUGAAUUCAGACCUUUAAUUUUAACAGUAACAACUUUUGAAGAUCAAAAGUGCUACCUGCAUUAGGCAACUGGCAACUCAAUCAUUAGUGAUAUACAUGUGAAACUGUAAGAAUGCUUCUUGGAUUUUGUUUUGCUAAAUCCUCUGUGUAAGUGGUAGCAGGGUGUUUGUUUUUUAGCAUCCUCAAACUGGAGAUAUACCUCAAUGUUUCUUUAGUCAAAAGCCAUGUAAAAAAUCAGUUGCCAUUGCUGCUAGGAACCUAGGCUGAAAUGGGCUUUUACUCAGUGAAACUUAUGGUGAAUUGAUGGUAUAUUUUUCAUAACAUUUGUUUCUUUACAUUUAUUCAAAUAUUUUAGGAAUCCCACUUCAGCUUUUUGAAGCCCACUCUCAUUUAAUGUGUGCCAGUUAUAUGAAAAUUGAUGCACUACAUAUUUGAAUCUUACCAGGGUAACUUUAAGAAGGAGGAACACUGAUGUACUGUUGAUGGCAUGGUCAAAAUAUUUCACUUCACUACAGUAAUUUUUGUCCUUUACCUUCAAUAUCAGUGUUCAGAGUGCACGCGAGGUGGGUGGUGGUGGUUGUUUUUUGACACUUUUUAUGGGUGUUGAGAGCUAAACAGCAGUGAAGUAAUGAAGAGUUCUAUUCUGCAUAGAUAACGUGAACACACAACACCUGUACUCUAACUUGACUUUCCUUUGUGGGAAAAAUAAUAGUGAUGGCAACUGUAGUAAACAAAGACAAUGUUAACCACUUUAGGCCAAAACAAGAUUAACACACUAAGAAAACUAUAGACUGGCUCUUCUGAUGGACAUGCGGCUGAUCUCUAAAAUGAUACUGGAUAUGUGAAGAUUUAAAAUAUUGCUAUGAAAACAGCUAUUUUUUAAACCAGGGCAUACUGUGCUAUAAAGAAGCACAAGUUAGUGGUGGACAAAAUUGACUAGAUUUGGGGAGAUGUGUAGAAUUGCUGUUUCUACAGGAUGGCUGCUCCUGGGGGCACUUAGAGAUGCAAACUUGCCCGUAUCUUACCCCUUUUGGACUUACAAAUAAGUCUUGCUUGCCCUAUUCAGUCUGUCCUUGCUGAUAGUUCUGAUUCUCAGAAAACUGUUUCCAUUACAGAUGUGAGGGGGCAGGAGUGCCCAAUGGUUCCAGCAUAUACCAAGUCAAGAAGGAUAAAUAUCUUCUAACCUCCCUUUAGGCCGCUAUAAGGCAAUGGAUUUGUCAGGGACUCUUUGCAAGGAAAAAAGGAUGAAGAUAUGGAAUAAAAAUCCUUUGGUCACAGAUGAACUUGUCCAUUAGUAGGGAGAGUUUCCAUUAUGGUUAUAUGCAUGUUAAAGAAAAAUCUUUGUAUGCCUACUGCAUUAUUUUUAACACUAUCCUUGUAAAAGUAGGGUUUUUGUAAUGUGACCAAUGUCACUGAACCCCCAAUUUACUACACAAGUGAAAACUGCCCUAAGGAAUCACAACUGAGAAUCCUUUGCAUUGGGCUAGUUCCAAGUUACAUACACUCCUUUAAAUUAUCCGAGGCCUAAAUUAACUUUAAAUGUGUGUGUUUAAAACAUUUUAUCCCUAAUUGUUAUAGUUUUUUAAAACUCAUACAAAUUUGGAUUGACACACUAAAAAUAAUGAACAGACUGAUAAAUUUUUAUAUACACAAUGCAACAACAGUGUGAAAUGGUUCCUUGAAAACGCAUAAUAGUUUGAGAAGAUUUCUUAGGCCCCAGAGGUUGAUAUUGUAGCUUUUGUCUGUCGUGCAAUAAUAGAAUUUAAGUAGCAUCACUCAACAAUGAUGCUUUUGAUACUUGAAAAUUUUUCUUGGUUAUUUUUUCUUAAUAAUGUAAAAUAUUUGCACUGUCUCAACUUUCUGAUUAACUUUAUAGCUGUUAAGCAUUUUUACCAGUGUUAAUUUAUUGCAUUUGUCACUUGAUAUCCUGAUCUGUCUAUACAAAUGUGAAACUUGCUAUCUUUGAAUGAAUAAUCUUGUCUUCAACUGAACAGUUAUCUAUCCCAAUUGCUCAGUCUGUUCUCUGAGAAUUUGGUGAAACAUGUAAGGUGACUUGAAAAGUCAGUGCUUUCUUACAUCUGCAUUGUGUUCGAUAUAGUAAGUGAAAGUGACCAUCGUGCAUUGUAGAGGGAGAACUCGCCUACCGGUCAGAAUGCUUCGAGGCAGACUUAACAGUACUUGCUGAGUAGUUGUUUUAAUGUAUCCCAUGAAGUAAAAAUAUAAUUGCCUUAAUAAUCUGAGAUUUCAGUCAUGAUUUCUGUGAGCACAUGCAGCAGUCAAGAAUCCAGCUAUGAAUGGUAGAAUUGGAAGUGACUUCCUGAUUUUUGUAGAAAAAUGUAUUUGAACAGGUUAAAUCAAACACUUGAUAUUGUUAUAUUAGUAAGCUAAUGACAGGUAGCCCCAUUGUAGUAGCAAUGUGAUGGCUGUUGGAUGUAGUGAGGUCACCUUUAAGGUGAGAGUGAAGUGGUGGCUGUCGAUGCAGUCGAAAUAUCCCUUUCCAUCUCAGAAGGAAUAACAGAAUAAAACUGCCUACCUCAGUUUUCUAUACUGUCUUAGAUUUAAAUAUUCAACAUACGGUUAACUUCAAAAUCUCAAGCUGAAUAAGUAAAAACAUCUCAGGUUUUUAAGAGCAGAAUUAGAGUAGGAAGCAUAAGCCAUUUCAGAAUACAGAAUAUACAGCUGAAAGUCCUACUUUAAACAAUCAUUUGGGCAGCCUUAAGUGUUGUCUAACAAAAUUGUCAGUGUUAUUUUUCUAAAAUAACCUGCAGGAAGCUACUCUUGUUUCCUAGUUGCACUUAUUCUGUGAUGUACUUAUUACUGCAUCGUGUGUGUAUUACUUACAGCUUUCUUCCCGGACUAGCAGAUAAGUUACUUGACUUGCUGUAGCUGAAUUUUCUUGAUUUAUAUAAUAUUUAUUUUGUAAAACACUACAUAUUUGCUUAUAGGAAAAAAACCUGCUCAUUUCUCAAAGGUGUUUCACAAUUUUUUCCCUAGUUUUAAUCUAAAAUAGUAACUGAAAGUUCAGGUGAGCUAGAUUUGAGGAACACAAUAGUGGCACUGGUCUCAAAGAAUUACAGGGAGAGAGGGAUAGUUCUUGGUCAGAUAAAUUGUUUGCAAUGAGCAAAAUGCUCCAAACCACCAGGCAGUACUGUUACUCCAGUGCUGUGCUCUCCUAAAUGAGCUGACUCCUGGGACUUUGGAGUCUGGAUCCAUCGCAGGCAUCUAAGGAGAAUUUUGCUCCAAUGUUUUACUUGACUCUUAGUACAAUGUAGUUUAUCUUUUUGAUGUGCACUAGUAAACUAGGAACAAGUAUCUAAUCUAAAAUCAUGUCAUCUGCCCUUAUUUAGGAGGGACAGUGCCUAUUUUCAAAUAUUUUCUGUUCUGAACUUUUUUCUACACUAAUGUAUCUCAGUGCAGCUGGAGAGAUGUAUGUUCCUUCUUCUCCAAAGUUCCUAUUAAUGUCAAGUUGGUGAACUGUGGCUGAGCAAUAUAAGGCCCCGACUCUGUAAAGUGAGAUGGAAGAGAUGUUGUGGGUGCAAGGGUCUGUAUUUAUUUAUAUCGCUUUGCAAGGUUAGGGUCCAUGUGUAUACAUUAAGUGGUACGUUUGUGUGGUAUGUGGCAUUGGGCCUAUGGGUACAAAUGUCACCUUUUUUGAAAAAUAAAGCUUAUUCUGAAAACAGAAUUAUUUUGGAUGAGAGAACUGACUGUGACCUUGAGUAUGUGUUUCCUAUUUUAGUACAGAAUAUAAAUGUAGAGUAAAUUUUACAUUGUCUUUUGUGACUGGAAUUGAGGAUUAAGGGCUAACUUUUGUUUGUGCUAUUGUGAGUGGAAGGUUUUGUUUUCAUGUGUUAGGUACUGCCAUCUUAAAAUAAUGAAACCAAUCCUUGUACAUCAAUAAACACUUGUCUAGAAAAUUGUA